AGGAGAGCGUGCACGAAUGAGCUAUUGGGGUUCCCAAAUAACGGGAACAGACAGACAGACCAAAACACGCAGGCGGAUGGACGGAAAUAUAGGCAAGUGAUCUUAAAAACCAGCGACGUAACGAGCUCUUUUCCCCUUGAUGUUUUCGUGCUUUAUUUAUUUGUUUGCCUUGUUUAGUCAUGUAUCGAUUGAUUGCGUUUUAAUUACUGGCGUGUGACAAGGUGCGUGGGAGGAGGGGCGAAUCCGGCGUACACGUUGAGUUGCCUUAUUUUUCUAUAGAUUUUUAAUUUCAGUGAGCAAAAAUGAGCAGAGGGUUUUAACCACGUUUAGUGACUAAAUGAAUGUGUAGCCUGUAGCUGCUAGAACAAGGAAGAGAGCUAUAGAAGAGCUAGACCAAAUAGAUUCACCAAUAAAAUGCACCACAUAUCCAAGUAAUAACAGAAUCCGCUGUCUUUUAUACGUUAUACAGUCAGGGUGUGAAAUCUUUUUUCUUUAUUAGGACAAAUGCAGAACCUUCAUUUUAUUCCACAAGCAGAUAGCCAAAGUUAAAGCGACUGAGACCAGGCCAGCUGAACAUACAGUGGUCCGUGUCGACGAGGACAGACACACUUCAGUUUACAGAGAGAUAUGCAUUCAUAGACGCUCGCAAACAUAGUAAAUAUAUGCCUUUGAGUGACAGAAACAUAUAUGUUCGGCAAGCAGAUCGAACAGUUAUACCAAAUACUGUAGCUGAAUACCAAAACGAAUAGACAAACGUGAAAGUAAUAGUAAAAUAACCCACGUUUGUCUUGUUUUAAUCCGUCUAUCCGCCUGUGUGUGCGCGCGCUGGGAAAAUACAGUCGGGCUGCGCGCGUCUUCGUAUCUAUGCAUGUAGAUCAAAAGUAAACUACAAGCUCAAAAGAAAAGGGUUUUUAUUAAAACAUGUAACUGGAAAACCCACGCAUAAACGCAAUUUUAUGAAUAACAAGGUAUUGUGUCAAAAACGCUUGGAACCAAAGUGAGAUAAAGCAUCUUGCCACAACUGCUAAAAUUGCAAAGAAAAAUCAACAGCAAAAAGAACAUCUGAUAAGAACCAGACAAGAAGACGGAUCAUGUUUGUUCCUCUGCCGGUGCCGUUUGUCUUGCCGAGAACUGCCUCUGAUCUCCACGCCUGGCGCCUCAAGUCCCCGCUGGCUCUGCGCUCUCACUCCGAUAUCAGAAUGUCAAAGCCAAUAGAGGUUGAGAAUCCAGCGGCAGACUCUCCGAUGGAGGGCACAGACUCAGAAAGAAAUGGCUCGGAUUCAAAUAAUCAGGUUCAGCCAAUGAAAAUCAGCCCUUUCUCUCUUUCCCCCACACUGAGCAGCAGCAGCAAGACUAAGGUGGAGGAUUGUGGUGAGAUGUCUCCCGCUGCUGUACAAACUCCACCUGCCCAGACGCCCCUUCCCCACACACAGCUGAUGCUAACGGGUGGUCAGCUCGCAGGGUUGACUGCACUUUUGCCAGCACAGCAACAGCUGCUCUUACAGCAGGCGCAGCUCCUCGCUGCAGCUGUGCAGCAGUCGCAUGUGGCCCACGCGGCCAGUCAACAGCAAGCCCAGCAGCAGGCAGCUCAACCGCAGUCACAGGGCCAUUCACAGAGCACACAGGAACAAAACGCCACCCCUGUCCCGCCGCCUCCUCCUCCUCACCAGCUUCCGCUUUCUCAGCCAAUCCAGCUCACUGCGCAGGACAUUCAGCAGUUGUUGCAGCUGCAGCAGCUGGUCCUGGUUCCAGGACACACUCUGCCUUCACCCGCACAGUUUCUUUUACCACAAACACAGCAAGGGCAGCAAGGGCUGCUAUCAACACCAAAUCUAAUUCCACUACCUCAGCAAAACCAAGGAAGCCUGCUGGCCGCUCCACACAGACUUAGUCUUCAAGCACAGAGGGAGAAGGUUGCAGACAGCAGCGUGAACACAGUGACUCCGGUGAGCACUCAUCCUGAGGAGCCCAGUGAUCUGGAGGAACUGGAGCAAUUCGCCCGCACAUUCAAACAGAGGAGGAUCAAACUGGGAUUCACACAGGGUGAUGUGGGAUUGGCCAUGGGGAAGCUCUAUGGGAAUGAUUUCAGUCAGACCACCAUCUCUCGAUUUGAGGCGCUCAAUCUCAGCUUCAAGAACAUGUGCAAACUUAAACCUCUGUUGGAGAAGUGGCUGAACGACGCAGAAACAAUGUCGAUGGACAGCACCUUGCCAAGUCCCAGUGCUCUUUCCUCUCCCUCGCUGGGCUUCGAGGGCUUGCCUGGCCGCCGUAGGAAGAAACGCACCAGCAUUGAGACCAACGUCCGCGUCGCUCUGGAACGCAGCUUCAUCACGAACCAGAAGCCUACCUCAGAGGAGAUCCUGUUCAUCGCCGAAAAGCUCAACAUGGAGAAGGAGGUGAUCCGCGUCUGGUUCUGCAACCGCCGACAGAAAGAGAAACGUAUUAACCCCUCCAGUGCCACCCCUCCCUUGCCCAGCCAACCCCAGCCCACCUCGCACAAACCCCCCUGCUACAGCCCGCACAUGAUGCCCAGUCAGGGACCAUCACAGACAGUGAGCCGUCUCGGUACACCAGUUUGCCCUUUGACCCAAAAUGGACCCUCCUUAAGCUCUGCACCAUCUCCUGUGACCCCGCCUCCCCGCAAUGAUGCCAGUCCCGCCCCUCCGACUCACAGUACACUAAGUGUGAACACAGGUUCAUGGCAUAAAAAGAAUGGUGACGUUUCUAACUACAUCAAUGACUUUGCUGCAUAUUUGAGGAAUAUGGUGAGGGGAGUUAACACAGGAAUGAACCAAGCUCUUCUUGGCUGCAACCCACUUGCUACUAUCCAAGCUCUAGCAGCCAGUGGUGGCCAGCUGCCCAUUUCCAGUCUUGAGGGAAGCAGCAAGGUGUUAAUUGGUGGUUCUGGAGGCCAAGGAGCAGGUCUCCCCUCUUCCCUCUUUCUCAACCACUCCUCUUUGUUGCCCAUGGCAUCAGGCACCGGCAUGGGAUUGGGCAGUUCAGCUCUUGCCAAAACCUCAUUUCCUCUCACAGGCGGCAUGAGUCCCUCCCCUUGCUCCAGCCCCAUCUCUUCCUGCUCUUCCGGCGAUUUGCUACAUAGCCCACACUCGAUUGGAGGGGCUAAAAUCGAGUGACGUUGCCCAAGGCCAAUCACAGGAGGAGGAGAAGGAGGAGAUGAAACCUUACCUGUCAACCAAAGCAUCUCUUGAUCCCCUCGUUCCCUUUCGUUUCCUCUUAUUCACACUCUCUCUCUUCCGCUCUCCCACUCUACUGAUGCCAAAAAUAUACAGAGUAGAAGAGGGGAGAGAUGGAGAGACGGAGUGGAAGCAGGAAGGAAGAGGAGAGGAGGGAAAACGAAACCAAAAAUACACCAUGCGGCUUAGCUGGAUGCAGCCAAAUAUAUAAAUAAAAGGAGAACAAUAAACUAUGUAGUGCAGUAAGAAGAGGACAAAAAGAGAUCCUUGAGCACCAAAAACAAAAAAGAGAACAAACUUUACUGUGUGUUAAAGAACUCUUUGAAGCAAACAUGUGGAGUACUGAAUACCAAAAAGUAUAAUGGAACUUUGAGAGACUCACUAUGACAAAAAAAAAAAAAAAAAUCCAAGCAUACCAAAAUCUCAAAUACCAAAAACAAACACCAAAAAUACGGAUGGAAAAGCUUUAUCCAAAGGACCUGUAAAUAGCCAACCGUCCAGGACCAGACCCAGUGACAACAGUCCAGCCAUCUCCGAGCUCAUCAUCUUAUCUGCCAUGCAAUCACAUUAUUUCUUUCAUGUUUAUUAUGAUUUAAUUUUAAAUAUGAACGAGCCGGACUCCCAACCUUGUUGUGUUUCUCUGGUUCUUCAUCAUUCUUGUCUGUUUUUUUCUCAAAAGUAGCAGAUAUUUCCAACUGUCUUUAUUGAAUGUUUCAGUACAUAUGAUCAUCAUAAUCAUCAUUCCAUGCCUUUUCAAGUAUAUAGAAAGGAUUGGGUGUUUGGUCUUUGAUGUUCAUUAUAUUAGCACUGCAUAGCUUGAUGCACUUGUUUGUCUGAUGACAUGAAUGUCAAAUAGUGUAAUAAAAGUGAGACCAAGCUCC